CUCAGAAUGAGACAAAAGACGUCAGCGUAUGAAAGGGACAAAAGCGCAGCUCAUUUUCAAUACAACACAGGCAUGUCUACAGGCAUCUCUACACCUGGGAGAAAAACACAGCAGCUAAAAUAAGAGGUGUAGUUGGGAGCCGGCUUGAAAAAUGGUGACUCUGAAACAUUUGAGUGUUAAUGAUAAUGACGAAGACAGCGUUCCUCUGUUACCGGAAGCCAGCAGCUUGGAGAGCCCAACCACCCAACACAGCAGGGCAGAGUCCAGAGAAUUCUUCCUUAGCCGGAGGAACAACUUCAUUUUAAGCAUUGCUCUGUUGUUGAGCUGUUAUUCUGCAAUUCUGGUUCCUGCGUAUCUGCCAACCCCAGUGCCCACCUGGACUAAUGACAGUUCUGCUGAAACUCUGGCUCUGCUGAAUCAGUCAGCGGCUCUGCUGUCUCAGUCCUGCCGUAGCGGCUGGAGUGUGGAGAGGGUGAAGUCGCUGUCUACUCCUGCUGGGCUGCUGAAGAUUCCUGUGUUUCUGGAGAACGGCACAGGAGACUGGGCACUGCCUCCUCCUCUGGGUCUGCAGGGUAGUGAGGAGAUGGUGGCUCAGGCCCUGAAAGCCCUGCCUUAUACUAGCAUACCCACCGGCCCAGAAACCUGCAGGAGAUGCGUGGUGGUUGGAAGUGGCGGCAUUUUACAUGGCAAAAAUCUUGGUCCUCAUAUAGACCAGUACAACAUUAUCAUAAGAGUGAACGAUGCUCCUGUAUUUGGAUAUGAAAGAGACGCUGGAUCUAGAACUACCAUUCGACUCAUUUAUCCAGAAGGGGCUCCUUCUCAGUCACAAGAAUACGAGAGAACUGAAGUGGUGGCUUUGGUUGCAUUCAAGAGUUUAGAUUUAGCAUGGCUCAUCUCUGUAGUAACCAAAGAGCCUUUGAGUUGGUGGUCUAAAUUGUGGUUCUGGAGGAAUGUAAUAGACUCGAUACCUCUUCAGCCAGAAAAUGUCCGUAUCCUAAAUCCUGAAAUCAUGUACAGGACUGGACAGGUGCUGAAAACAUAUGUAGAGCAACAGAAAAAGAUGGUGCCAACGCUGGGUAUGACGGCAGUAGUUCUGGCCCUGCAGGUGUGUGAUGAGGUGAGUUUAGCUGGGUUUGGAUACGACCUGCAGAACCCUGGAGCUCUGCUGCAUUACUACGGCUCUAUCCGCAUGGAUGCCAUGAAAACACAGGUGGUUCAUGACGUCAGCGCUGAGACCAUCUUACUGCGGGAGCUUGUUAAAUCUGGAGCCGUGCAAGACCUCACGGGUGGACUGUGAUGACUGCAGAAACUUUAUACGUUUCUAGUAGUAGUAGAAGACAAAGAACAGAAAACAGUCCAGAGACCCGGACUUAAGGAGGCCAUUUUCACUGUCAGAAGACAAUAGGAUUGAUCUCAUAAUUUCCAUGUAAAAACAUAAAAAUUUGGGGUAAAAUGUACUUAAAUAUGUAAUUUGAUGGUAAAAUACAACAUAGACAUUACCCAGUAACAUACAGAAAUAUACAAAGGCAUUUAAAAUAAGUGAAAAUGACUACUAAAAUUAAAACCAAAGCUACCAUAAGACACAUUGUUUAAAUUUGUGACCCUGGACCGCAAAACCAGUCUUAAGGUAUAUUUGUAGCAAUAGCCAACAAUACAUUGUGUUUUUAUUUAUUGUAUUAAUUUUUAUUUUAUGCUGAAAAUCAUUAGUAUAUUAAGUAAAGAUCAAGAUAUUUUGUACAUUUCCUACUGUAAAUAUAUUAAAACUUCAUUUGGACAACUUUAAA